CGAUUUACGAGUCAUCCACUGAACGCACCAGUUGGGUGCCCUACUGAGCAUGCGUGGGACGCGCUGGUAACCCUGGCUAGCUUGAAAACUGACACCUCUUUGUAGUUUUAAUGUCGUUUCUUGUAGUUUUAAUGUCAUUUAGCUGACAUAUAGCUGUUAUUUAAUGAAGUAUUUAACAAGUUCACCCGUUCCGCUUUUUAACCAAUGAGCGCUGUUGUUAUAAUAUGAUAAUAUCAGCUUAAUUGCGCUUGUUGUUGUUGUUGUUAGCCUGUCUGAUGGGAUUCAUUGAACUUUAGUCACUUUAGCGGCCGGUAAGUCUCAUAAAAAUUCACAAUAUUAACCGAACAAUAACACCGUUGACCCGGAAAAUAAAAAAUGUUUUUUAUAUAUUAAAUACAUGUUAUUAACAGUUAUUAAAAAGCUUGUUAGCCUUUAUGCGAUUGUGUUGCCUUCACGGUCUCCUCGGACAUUACGGCGCUCAGUCAACGAGGCCCUGAAGGCGACUUCAGAAGUUUGCGGUUUAUUUUGUACGUCAGUGGCUUUUAAUCUUAGAUGGAUAAAAUUAAAACAUUGUUUAAUAGAAUAAAGAAUAUUUUCAAGAGAAAAAGAAUUCGAUACAUGAAAGAAUAAAUUAGAAAAUAUUGAUUUAAAAAGAAUGAAAUUUAUCAAAAUUAAAAGUAUUUAUACUUAAAAAAUAUUUACUUUUAAUUAGUAUAAUACCAAUUAUUUAACUGUAUGCAUUGUAUUAAAAUAGUCAUAAACAUUUUUUUCUUUUCUAGAUACCUGCAUAUACAAUGUGUGUGUGUAUAUAUAUAUACAUAUAAUUUUUUUUCUCCCUUGCUUUUUUUAUUCCUAUGUUUAUUUAUUUUACUACCAGGGACCAAACCAACUACUUUUUAAAAUUAUUAUUAUUAUUAUUAUUUGUACCAUAAAUAUUUAGUUUUAUGUUUCCCUUUUGUGAGAUACAGAUAAGAAAAAAAUGUAUGAAUAUGAUUUUGAUAUUGAGCAGACUGACAAACCUGCGGUACACUUUUGGUGUUAUUUAUUUAUGUAUGCACUUUUUUACUUUUUUUUUCCUGCUUUGUCCUGAAUUUAUGUGUUUAUGUAAAUAUGAUUUUCGUUUGACCACAUGAAAAUAAAACUAAAUAUUAUGUUUAAAAAAAAGGGAAUUUUUUAUCAAUACUAUCUGAUUAACGAUUGUUUUGUGUUCCCGCCGAUGAGUCGGCCGGUUUCAGGAUGAUUAAGUUCAUACUGAUGGUGAACCGUCAGGGUCAGACCAGACUGUCCAGGUAUUACACACCUGUGGAGCUGAGCAGGAGAGCUCUUCUGGAGGCUGAUGUGGUCCGCUGCUGUCUGAGCCGUAAGAAGGACCAGGUAACUGUCAGAGUGCUCACCUGUGACAGGUGUGUGGGUGAUAACAGAGGUUAAUCAAUACUGUGUCUAUUUCAGUGUUCCUUUGUGGAGUACAAAGACUUUAAGCUGGUUUAUCGUCAGUACGCCGCUCUCUACAUUGUGGUCGGAGUCACAGACAGUGAGGUGAGAAACACACCUGUACCUGAUCCAAACUUCAACACGUGACAAAAAUACUUUUACUUAAAGGAACAGUACGGAUUUAUUGGAGAACAGUUUGUAAAAUGUUUUUAAAAAUCUGUAUAAAAAAAAAGCUUUGAUCAGUUUUUAGUAAAUUUUUUAAAUCCCACCUUUAGAGGAGCAUCAUGGGUAAAUGUUUAAUGUCGGGUCUGUUUGUGUCUCUGCAGAACGAACUCUCCGUCUACGAACUGGUUCACAACUUUGUGGAGGUUUUAGACAAAUACUUCAGCAGAGUGGUGAGUUCAAAUGCUUCAGGAUUUUACAGUUUCAGUGUUCGCAGAGUGGGUCUCUAAAUCUGUGUGUGUCUGUGUCUCUGCAGAGCGAACUGGACGUAUCCUUUAAACCAAACUUACAUGAUCAUCGUCGGGUCGGAAAAAUCUCUGGAGAUCCAGGAACACUGGAGAUAAAAAGUUUGUCUUUUAGUUAAAAAGUUAGUGUUUUUAAUUUAAAAGUUUGUUUUUUUAGUCAACAAGUUCGUUUUUCAGUUAAAAAAUGUGUUAUUUUAGUUAAAUAAGUUAAAAAGUUCAUUUUUUUACUUGUUAAAUUUUGGAUCCAGAGGAAACGUUCAGAGGUCCGUCAGAGAGGAGGAGAGUAAAAACGGACUUUGAGGACAAAAACAAACGUGUCCUCAUCAGAUAUUUCACCACAGCGCCCCCUUCAGUUUCUAACGGUCCUGUUCUCUGCGGUCGUACCAUGUGUGUCUUUUCUUUGACUCCGCCCCCUUCAUCAGAUCAUGUUCAACCUGGACCGAGUCCACAUCAUCCUGGACGAGAUGAUCCAGAACGGACACAUCGUGGAGACCAACAAGAGCCGCAUCCUCGCUCCUCUCAACGCCCUCGACAAGAUGGCCGACGGCUGAGACUGACAGGAAGUGAUGUCACAGACUGUGUUUACGAUUUACUGGAGUUCAGAAUCAAAGUCAACGUGCCAAAAAGUGAACUUCGAUGUUUCAGUUUGUAACCAUGAAGAAUCGUUAAGCUCCGCCCCCUUCUUCGUUAUUUUUCUAUCAAAUAAAAAUUUAAAGACUGAAAAACAAA